GGCUGUCAUUUUGACAGAUGAAAGGUAUGGAUUGUUAGAUAAACUUGCUCAGGUGGCAUUUGGAGAUUUCGAGUGAUUUAAGGUUUUGUGGAAGUGAAAAACUAAAAUGCCGAAAAAGAAAACUGGACAAAGGAAGAAAGCUGAGAAGCAAAAAUUGCGUCUCAAAGAGAUCAGAAAUCGUGAAGUACCACUUGCAGACAUGCCCUGUAAUGCACCAAUGGAAUGUGAAAAGUGUGAGAAAAAGCAGAAGAGUCGAGCAUUUUGCUACUUUUGCCAAAGCCUUCAACGCUUACCAAUAUGUGCUCAAUGUGGAAAGAUAAAGUGCAUGCUAAAAACAGGUGACUGUGUCGUAAAACAUCCUGGAGUAUAUACCACUGGUCUUGGUAUGGUAGGAGCGAUUUGUGAUUUCUGUGAAGCAUGGGUUUGUCACGGACGGAAGUGCCUUCAAACACAUGCUUGCACUUGUCCGCUGCAGAAUGCAAUUUGUCUCGAAUGCGAGCGAGGAGUUUGGGAGCAUGGCGGUCGCAUUUUUAAAUGUUCAUUUUGCAAUGGGUUCUUAUGCGAAGAUGAUCAAUUUGAACACCAAGCUUCGUGCCAAGUUCUCGAAUCGGAGAAUUUCAAAUGUCAAAGUUGUAAUAGAUUGGGUCAGUAUUCUUGCUUGCGUUGUAAAACUUGUUACUGCGAAGAUCACGUACGCAGGAAGGGAUUCAAGUAUGAAAAAAAUAAAGCUAUUCCGUGUCCAAAAUGUAACUAUGAGACAUCAGUCACUAAAGAUUUGAGUAUGUCAACAAGGUCUCAUAAGUUUGGGCGGCAACAGCAAGGCGGCCCAGCGGAUAGCGAUGACGAAUAUGGAGGAUUUUCAUAUUAUGGGGGAGGUGCUUAUGGAGGCGGUGCAAACUCUAGUUAUGGUCAGGAAAAUGAAAGUGACGACGAUGACUAUGAUUACGAAAUCAGUGAUGAGGAUUCUGAAGAGGAUGAAGAUAGUGACGAGUCGCAGGAAGCAGAACAAGACAAAGAUAAAUAGUAAAACAAGGGACAGCGUUUUAUUGUAUUUGCAUUUACUAUCGAUAAAAACACUUUAAUAUGUAGUGCAGAUUGUGCAAUAAAACCACUUAAAUCAAAACUUAUGAAAAAUAAUAAAA